AACGUUUUUUUUAUUAUAGCAUAAAACUAUUAAAUCUUAUUUUCUUUCGUUAAUCGUAAUUCGCAGUUCACUGUUCGUGUCGCACUUGAAUACUUGACGCAGUUAAUUAUUAACAUUAGGUCUAGUGACGCGUUUCCACGUCGUCAUCGCCGUUGUUGUUUUGUCGUCCCAGUCCGUCGAAUACGUCGCAAGGCCGCUGAUAAAAUAUUAGAAAACCGCCAAGAAAAAAAAAAAAUAAAAACAAUCGCUUGUGGUCAGCUACAUUGUUGAUUGAUUUGGACCGCCGUCCCAAUACACUUUUUCUGACGAAAACGAAACCCGGUACCGUGAUGGCCAAAAAGACGUACGAUCUGCUGUUCAAGUUGUUGCUGAUCGGUGAUUCGGGCGUGGGCAAGACAUGCAUUCUGUUCAGGUUCUCAGACGAUGCGUUCACCACGACGUUCAUUUCGACCAUUGGUAUUGACUUCAAAAUCAAAACAGUGGAACUUCAGGGCAAAAAAAUUAAACUUCAAAUUUGGGAUACAGCAGGUCAGGAGCGAUUCCAUACCAUAACAACAUCCUAUUAUAGAGGAGCAAUGGGAAUUAUGUUAGUGUAUGAUAUUACAAACGAAAAAAGUUUUGAAAAUAUAGUGAAAUGGCUACGAAAUAUUAAUGAGCAUGCUAAUGAAGAUGUAGAAAAAAUGAUUUUAGGAAACAAAUGUGAUAUGGAUGAUAAACGUGUUGUUAGUAAAUCAAGAGGUGAAGGUAUUGCUCGUGAACAUAACAUAUCUUUUUUAGAAACAUCUGCAAAAGCAAAUAUAAACAUCGAAAAAGCAUUUACUGACCUCACAUUAUCAAUAUUGAACAAAACUCCUGGACGCGAACCUACUGAUGUACCUGAAAAAAUUAACAUUGAUAGGAAAUCUGACAGAUUGUCUAAUCGCUGUUGUUGAAUAGUUAAGUAUUUAAUACAGACAAUUUUAAAUGGACACUAUUAUUAUUGACAGAAUUUAUGAAACACCAAGAGAUAAACAUUUUGCUAAGCUCAUUGAUAUGAAUAUGCAUAAAAUUGUAUAUUAUCAUAUGUACUUUAACAUAUUUUACUAGAAGAACUAUUAACAAUUUAUAAAUUAAUAUUUUUUAUUAAAAUGCUUAGCAAAAUGGUUUUCUGUGAAGCUGUUCCUUAUCAUACAAGUAAAUGUAAAUAUUUAUGUUACCAUUAUUAAUAAUAAUUGUUUAAAUAAAAACGAGAUAAUCAUGACAUCAUCAUACUUGUCUAAUAUAAUAAAGCAGUUGAUGUUAGUGGCUUAGACCACAAAAAAUUUUAUUGGUUGUCCUCGGUGGAAGUUAUGUAUUUUUAUUUUUAUUUUGUACAAAAU